AUGCCGGGGUGUCCUCUGUGCACUAUUUUGAUUUUGACCGAGUGUGCGUCACCCAGCGGACUGUACCGCUCCAAAACCGAGGCUGUGGACCUCAGGCACAAGGAAACGAGCCCCUGGUUGCAGACUCCUUACGCAUCCCCUCGUCGUGCAAUACGUAAACACAAGAACAACAGGAAACCCAGAACUCCCUUCACAACCGCUCAGCUGCUGUCUCUGGAGAGGAAGUUCCAUCAGAAACAGUACCUGUCCAUCGCAGAGAGAGCGGAGUUCUCCUGCUCCCUCAGCCUCACAGAGACCCAGGUCAAGAUCUGGUUUCAGAACCGCAGGGCCAAGGCCAAGAGAUUGCAGGAGGCCGACCUGGAUACAUUCAAGCUGGUCGCGAAGCCGCUGCUGCCGGCCUUCAGCUUCCCCUUCCCCAUAGGUGCUCUCACCUUGCUUCUGAUUUCUUGA